CGCCAACUCGCCUCGGUUCUAUUUAGACCUUAUAGGGCUGGUAGGAAAAGCACAAAGGGUGGUUGGUAUUUCAGCAAGAUCUAAACUAUGAAGAAAGGCUCUAAACAGACAACUUCCAGAAGAAACAAACAGAGUGUUGGUAGCACGACCUGUAAGAAAUUGUCCAUUCAACCCUCCGAGCAGAAGAAGAACACUAACCAAAGGAAUUUUGUGCAGCUGUUCCCACUAGAAGUCAGCUUAAAGGUUUUUAGUGAUCUUGACAUCCAGAGCUUAUGCAAUGCUGCAAUGACAUGCAAGAGCUGGAACCAAACCAUUGAGAACUGUGAUCAUUUAUGGAAGCAUCACUGCUUGACUGUAAGGGCUGUUUGUCAAAGAGAGAUUGAUGAUGACAGAGGAAAUGGUUAUUCAUGGAAGGUCACGCUCCUGAGAAACUACUGGAAAAGCAAAGUGAAGCAUGAGUGGCUGAGUGGGAAAUAUAGCAAUAUUCAUUCCCGCAGUGGCUUGCCGGAAAAGAGCAUGUAUCCUAUGGAUGUAGACACGUGGGGAGAAAUCCUGGAAGCUGAACUAGAAAGAUAAGAGGCCCAAAUAAGGAUCUUGUACAGAAGGAACCAAAACUGAACUAAUCUGCAAAAAAUGUUGUUCUGUAUAGAAUUGGGGCAGCUUUACACAUUGCUGUUUUGUUUUGCACUUUCAGAGCUGCUGAUAUUUUAAUUAUUUAUUGUAAAGUUUGAGCUAGUGUGUUUCCAUUCUGCUGUGCUGUUAAA